UUGAAGAGGGGCCAACCUCUACCUUCCGGGACCCUGCCUCUCACCACAACGGGACGUCCCGCCACUACUGAACCUGCAGCAGCAGUAGCCAUACACUCCUCUCCCUCCUGCUCCUCUUCCUCCACAGCCAGCCUGCCUACAGGUCAGCCUGGUUGGCCAGUCACUAUCUUUUACUCACCUUUUUUGAGAAUGCAAUUAAUGUAUAUUGCAAAACUGGGUAGUGUGCAUGGUUUAGUUACGUGACUUUACGUUUACUGAGAGUUCUGAGUGGAAUUCAGUAGCAUAUAGAGUAGUUGUAAGCUGGCCAGACACUGUGCAUUUUUAUUAGUCUUGUACGUUGUGUUAACUCGCACUACAAGUUUUAAUCAGCCUUUUUCCCACUUUUAUGCUGACACUGUGCAAAUCAAUUGACUGACCACAGCUUGAGUGCUCACACUGAGCGUAAGCAUGGAACCCCCCGGUUGGUUUUGUGCGGUGACAAUUCCAAUAAAGUUUAUUCAAGCAAGACAACUGUGUACUCGUCAGUGUUGACAAACAGAGAGAAAGGCAGUGUUAUUUUGUACAAUUCUACUAUGAAUGGAAAAACAUCUGUUCUGCAGCAGAUUUCAGUUUUUAUAUCACUGCAGUCUCAGUCAAGUCUAUAGCUUUAGCCACAAAAUGCUACCUACAAAAAUAUUAAUAUAGUUCACUACAGUUUAUAAAAGAUUUGUAACACAUGUAACAGACAAACAAAUCAAACUGCGAGACACUGAUAGUUUCUGACAUGCCCAAAAUCCAACAGAUCGUCUGAGAACCAUAUCGUUCAGGCAAUUAAUCAGGCGCUGCAAACAGCAACCAAUAUGGCAGAGAUUCAGCCCAAUUCUGAUUAUUCAGAUGACCAAUUUGGGCUUAAAAUCAGACUUAAUCCGCACAGUGUCUGCCAGGCUUUUGAUGACUCCAAAAAGAAAAUGUCAAAACACAAUUUGCAGAUACUUUUAUAAAUAUGUAGGUCACUUGACAAAGGUCUUGCAUAGCGUAUAUAGUUACACAUGUUGUCAUUUUAUUUUUGACAGCUGGUUGCUAGACUAAUAUCAGCUCUAAUUUGAUGAUACUGGCAUUAGAUUGCCACUCUUGUUUUUUGUAUGGCACUGUGAUUAUAACUGUUCGGUGUACCUGUGCGACGGCACUUGCAUCACAGGUGCUGCUAACUGUUGUUUAUUUUCACUCUGCCUGGGGAUUAGAAAUGGGGAUAGCGGAAUCCAGGGGUAGAGGAUGGAGAGUAAACACAGCUGGCUAUUUCUGUACAUGUGUGUAUUUUCCUUCCUGAAGCUCAGCAUGUCGCAGUAAACCAGGUUCUCAUGUAUUUACAACUGGUAAAUGUCUAUUCAGUCUUAAUAAAGUGUCAUCUGUUCUUGGAAGAUGAUGAUGUUGAUAAUUCUUCUUUAGGGCACUUCUCAUUGUCUGGGAAGGAAAGGAAAUUUUACCAUAAGUGUGUGUGUCUAAGCAUCAUCCGACCCCUCUGAGUGCAGUUCUGUCUCCAUGGCGAUGAGAUGUUUAUCCUGUCCUCCUUUCUUUCUCCUCCUCCCUCCAUCAUCAUCAUCCUCCUACUCUUCGUUGAGCAUUGCUGACCAGCCCUACAGUAUUUCCUGUUUUUGGAGGAGGAGCCAUAUGAAGCGAGCUAGUUGGCUGGGCGCCUCAGUGGGCCUGACCUGGCACUGAUAGAAAGACUGAGUGAGGAGGAAAGAAAGAAAGAAGGAGAGAGCGAGCAUGGCAGAGGUCCAGUACUGUGGGCUGAAGUGACUCAUGGCUUACGAACUGCCCCCACAAAGCGGCCAGGGAGCCCAGUAUGAUAAUCCCCUCUGGGGACACCUGCCAGCUAACAGGAGUGCCACAAGUGCUGCAUCUUCCACCAAUCUCAGUGGCUGGGAUCAAUUGAUCAUUGACCAGAAAGACACAGAGGCUUGGCCUUCUAUUACCCUCAGCCAGAGCCAGGCCCCUCCAGGAGGAUGCCCUUUGGACACUGACCCCGGUCUCCUGACCAGCAGCAGCAGCAGCAGCAGCAGUAGUACUAGUAGUAGUUGUAGUACAGUGAGUAUGGCCACUGGGGCCAAUAGCCAGACAGGCCACUUCUCUGCCAACCACCUUAGCAGCAAGGCCAACAGUGGGCCCAGCCCUGCCAAUCAUACUGGAACCAGCAUGCUCUCUAGCCAGGUUGCAACCAAUCGCAGCUGGGGCUCUGGGCCUGGACCCUCCCAUUGCCCCCCUCAGUCCUCAGUGGGGAGUGAAGGGAAGAGUGACAGCCCAGUGGGGGGAGGAGGCAGCAGGGGCUGGGGCUCUUCUUCAUCAUCCUCCACCACCAACUUUAACUUGAACCUAAACCCUAAUGCCAACCCUUCUGCCUGGCCCAUGUUGGGGCAUGAUGGGGGUGGCUCAGGGGGAGGCAGCUCAGGGGGAGGCAACACCACUUCACCUCCUCAACCUACACCCAACCUCUGUAAUCCCCCUGGCCCCCCACCAGCCCAGACCAGCACCUGUACCGGAGCCAACACUAACAGCAACUCCUCUGGGAUUGGCAGCGCCUGGGGUAGCAUAAUGGCCUCUGACACAUCAGAGCCACACUCCUCCCCGUCCACGAAUGUGUCUUUCAGUUCAGAACCUCAGAACCUUAAAACUGAUGGACCAAAUCACACUAAUAAGCAGGAACCCCCCAGCCCCAUCCGCAACUUACCUGGCUGGGGUAGUGCACAUGCAGGCUUGGGUUCCAUGGGCCAGCCCCCACCAGGUGGCCCACAAGUAAAUGGAGAAGAUGGUAGCUCAGUAUGGGGUAACAGUGGUGACUCAAAGGCACCUUCAUCUAAGGAGUCACCUGGCUGGGACUCUGGCUGGGGCCGUGGAGGAGGUGGAGCAGGAAACUCUGGAGGAUGGGGUGACCAGUCAGGUGGAGGCUGGGGGAAGCAGCACACUGAAGAGGUCCAGGGAGGCUGGGAUGCUCCCAGCUCUCCUCCCCAGGAUCCGCAGGCUAGUCCUUGGAACAGAGCUGUGAGCACAGCUGGUGCCAGUGAAGGGAGCAGUGACAGCAUGGAAGGACAUCCCCGGCACAGAGAUCACUCAUCCAGUGAUAAUCCAGCUCCUCUGCUGCCUGCCCAGGAUCUGGACCCCAGGGUGUUAUGUAACACUGGCUGGGGACAGACUCCUGUUCGCCAGCACACCUCCUGGGACAUGGACGAUACUAAACGCAAGAAUGAUGUAGGCGCUGAAUCAUGGGGCUGUGGCCCAACCACUCCAAGCGAUGCCCAGGGGCCCUCCAACACUAACAUGGGCCCUGCUCAGAGGACUGACCCUGGGAGCAAAAGUGAUGUGCCUGGUUCUCAGGGAGCUUCAGGUUGGGGGGGAAGCAUAGCUGCUACCAACCAGCCUAGUUCUGGCUGGGGAGAGCCACCCAACAACAUUAAGACCCCAAGUGGCCCUGGUGGCUGGGUGAACACUCCAACAGGAGGCCCCCCCGCCACUGUACCGAAGAAUGGGGGUCAGUCCUGGGGAGAGGAGAAGUCAGCUGGGUGGGAUGAUUCUCAAGUCAAGGUAACAUCCCAGGGCUGGGGAGAUCAACCCAAAGCAUCCCACAGCUGGGGCAAUCGUGGAGGGAGCAAUAAUUCAGGAGACUGGAGAGAACCAGAAGACAGCAAAAAGAGUCCCUCCAACCCUGGGUGGGAAGGAGAAGCAGGAGGCUGGAAGGAAAACCCUCGCAGCUGGGGAAUGCCUUCUUCAGGACCUGGGAUAUCUGGAGCUGGAGGAAAUGGGGGCUGGGGAGAGCCAGUUAGCCAGCGUCCCAGUGGCCCUCCCCAAGGUUGGGGGGGCAAGCCUCAGGAAGGGCCCAGUGGUAGUAGUGAAGGAGGGGCCAUUAGCUCUUGGGGUGGCUCAGGCUCAGUGAAGCAGGGUGGAGGCUGGGGUGGCAAUAAGCAAGAGUCCCCAGUUGAGGGUGAGCCUACAGGCUGGGAAGAGCCCUCUCCACCUUCAAUCCGACGUAAGAUGGAGAUAGAUGAUGGGACCUCAGCUUGGGGUGACCCAGUUACCCAUAACAAGGCAGUCAACCUGUGGGACAGGAACAAUCCAGGAAUGUCCCAGGCUAAAAUUACUACUGGAGGCAAUAACCCCCCAGGCCCCAAGAAUAACCAUCCCCCUUCUCACAAUCACCCCUAUCACGGGCCGCCUGCACCUUUACAAAACCACACCCAAAACUCCCAAAACCCAGGGCCCACCAGUGGGCCCAUGGAUCCUGUUGUCCAACACCAGUCUGUGCCAUCUCACAACCGGGGUCCCCUGAUAGCUCAAGGUUGGGGAGAGCGACCCACCUCCCACACAAAAUCAGAGAGUACUUGGGGGGAGCCUGCACCCCCUCCAGUCAGAGUGGACAAUGGGACCUCUGCCUGGGGAAAACCUACCGGGGGCUGGUCAGACAGCAACCCAGACAGCUAUGGCAGGGGCAACCCAGCGAUGACAUCUGCCUCUUGCAAACCUGCCCCCAAACCUAUGCAAGACGGAUGGGGAGGUGGAGGUGAAGAGCUGAACUUGUCGGGGGGUCAGUGGGAUGCUGAGGAGGGAGACAUGUGGAACAGCGCUGCCUCCCAGGAGAGCAACUCCUCCUGUAACUCUUGGGGCAAUGCAUCUAAAAAGAUCCCACAAAAGGGAAAGGUCCCAGGGAAGCAAGAAGAUGCUUGGAUCAUGAAUCGGCUCAUCAAACAGCUGACAGACAUGGGCUUCCCGAGGGAUCCAGCUGAGGAGGCUCUGAAGAGCAACAACAUGAACCUGGACCAGGCCAUGAGUGCCCUGCUGGAGAAGAAGACGGAGCUGGACAAGCGGGGGAUGGGGAUAGCCGGCCACGACUACAACAAUGGGCUCAUCAACAAGCCCAUGAACUGCCCUCGGCCUCCACUUCUUUCCAAAGAACCCUCAGCAGACCCCCGCUUGCCCUUCAUGGAUAAGCAGAUGCAGAGUGGAAUGUUUGGUGGUGGUGGAGCAGCACAAGCCCGGGCCAUGCAGCAGCCGCAGCCGCCUCCUCAGCCGCCAGUGCCGCCUCUCAGUUCCUCUCAGCCUAGUCUACGUGCUCAAGUGCCUCAGUUUCUCUCCCCUCAGGUUCAAGCACAGCUCUUACAGUUUGCAGCAAAAAACAUUGGUCUGAAUCCUGCACUUUUAACCUCACCAAUAAACCCUCAACAUAUGACCCUUCUGAAUCAACUUUACCAGCUGCAACUGGCAUACCAGCGUUUACAAAUUCAGCAGCAGAUGUUGCAGGCACAGCGCAACGUUUCUGGUCCCAUUCGACAGCAAGAGCAGCAAGUUGCACGUACAAUCAAUAACAUGCAGCAGCAGAUCCAACAGCACCAGCGUCAGCUGGCCCAGGCACUGCUGAUGAAGCAGCAGCAACAGCAGCCAUCCCACUCCCACUCGGGCAUGCAUCCUGGUGGGGCCAAAUCCACCCUGGAUUCAUUUCCUGGUCACCCCCAGGCUCCAGGCCUCCCCGACCUGCAGACCAAAGAGCCGCAGUCAUCUCCCAACACCUAUAGCCCCUACUCUCUCUCUGGACUGAAUCCAAACAUGAAUGUAAACUGCAUGGAGGUUGGUAGUCUGUCUAUGAAGGAACCACCCCAGCCGCAAUCACGCCUGUCGCAGUGGACGCAUCCCAACUCCAUCGAAAGCCUCUCUGGAAGCACCUCUCCUCUGGAGCCCAACCUGGGCAAGCAUGGUGGCAACCUAGGACCCCCUGGUAAGCCCCAUCAGCUGGACGAUUCUUACAGCCCCUACAACCUGAUGUCCAGCUCAGAGUCUCCUACCAGCCCCCUGGUCCCCCCAGACAGCUGGGGGCAGGGCAAGAGUAACAGUGACAAGAUGGCAAAUGGGACCAAUAUAAACUGGCCACCAGAAUUCUGCCCCGGUGUUCCCUGGAAGGGCCUUCAGAAUAUCGAUCCUGAGACAGACCCAAACGUGACCCCCGGCAGUGUCCCCAGCGGGCCCACCAUCAACACCAACAUCCAAGAUGUCAACCGUUACCUGCUGCGGGACAGGAGUGGAGGCUCCUCUCCCACUUCAUCUCAGAACGAGGCUCUGCCUCCCUCCACUGAUUGGCCAGUCAGUGCCUACACUAGCUCGUUCAGUCUGUCGUCCCCGGAAACGGACGAUGCAGGUAAACUGUCAGAGAUGAAGUCUACUUGGUCUCCAGGCCCCAUUUCUCACAGCCAGGCUUCUCUGUCCCAUGAGCUGUGGAAGGUCCCCCAGGGCCCCCGGGGUAGCAACACGGCCCCUUCCCGCCCCCCGCCUGGCCUCACCAACACCAAGCCUUCCUCAACCUGGGGGGGCAACUCCCUGGGUCUGGCCCAAGGCUGGAGCAGCUCUUACACCACAGCAGGUACCACGUGGAGUACGGACAGCUCCUCCAGGACCAGCAGCUGGCUGGUUCUGAGGAACCUCACUCCACAGAUUGAUGGUUCGACUCUGCGUACGCUGUGCAUGCAGCACGGCCCCCUCAUCACAUUCCACCUCAACCUGACACAAGGCAACGCUGUGGUGCGCUACAGCUCCAAGGAUGAAGCUGCCAAGGCUCAGAAGUCCCUGCACAUGUGCGUGCUCGGGAACACCACCAUCCUGGCAGAGUUUGCUGGGGAGGAGGAAGUGAACCGCUUCUUUGCACAGGGCCAGUUGCUUGGUGGAACAACCAGCUGGCAGGCCACUCCAGGCACCAAUCAGACAAGGAUGGGUGGGGCCGGGUCCGGAGCCUCCCAUCCCAUCGGACACUCGCCCCACUGGAACAACAACAACAACAGCGGCAGCAGCAGCAAUAGCAGUGGUCUGGGAACAGGCGGAGCAAAGACGGGCGGAGAGUUGCUGUGGGGUGGCGUGCAGCAGUAUUCCAGCCUGUGGGGACCCCCGAGUGGAGAAGAGGGACGGGUCAUGGGGAGUCCCACCCAAAUAAAUACGCUGCUGCCUGGGGACCUGCUGAGUGGGGAGUCCAUGUAGGACAGAAGAGCCCAGGCAUAACGAACACCAACAGGAGCAAAAACAUUGCAAAUCAUUGUGGAGAUAAUCAGUGUGGGUGUAAUGGUGGAAGAAGAGACGAGAGGAGGGCGAGGCUACAUCCUCGCUGCUCACCCUCGCCAACCUCCUCGACUCCUUUUCAUUUUUAAUGACAUUUCAAUUGCAGUUCUUUUGUGAAUCUCACUGAGAGAUUUUGGUCACAGUGUUCAGCUCUUACUUUUGGAGACAAAGGAAGAAGUCUUUCAUUCGACAAGAAAGAGAACUUUUUACAGGAAUGACCUUUUGAGAACUCGUCCGUGUGAAACAUGUACUUUAGUCAAACUGACACACAGUGACGAGCUGCCAUCUUUAAACUUGCGUAAUCCCUCUCGGCCUUUUGAGGCAAUCAUACUGCACCUCAGAGAUCCAUCAAAAGGCAUCAUUCCCAAAGUUAAAACCCUUCAAUCAGAGUGGUUGUCGAACUUUCAGCUGGUCCAGACUCAACUUUUGUUUCUCUCAGCACUAAUAUUAGCCUUAACCUCUUUCCUGCCCUGCUAUCCUCACUCACUCUGUACUUGGUGAAGAAGCAUACGGACACUUGCACACCCUUAUUUCUGAGCCAGUGAAACCUGAGUGGAGAGUACAUGCUGCUGCUGCUGCUUAACAUAAGCAACUACAGCUCACAACUUCAGUGCAUUUUUUUGCAAGCAGAUUGAGUUCCCCACAGAACGCUCAAAAGGAAUGAUGCAACUCUGUUCGACCCGUGUUCAAGCCAUUUCUAUUUGUAGUGGGGUUUUUUUAUUUUUCCUCUUAAACCAUUGCAAACAAAGCUAAGAACUGAUAUUAUUCAAAUGUGUCUGUCAACCUUACCCAGAGGGGGGAAGAGAAAGUUUUUGGGGGUCGUCACAUGUACAGUUAUAGACCUGAUGGAUGACUAAAUGAACCACUGCUAUUACUAUGGAGCUGUAAAGACAAAUACUUCAAUGCACCUCAACUCAUCUGCGGGCAACUCGCAGUUUGGUCUCAGUCUCGGACCCGCUCACUGAUGUUGUGGAAAACCUCAAGUCGUAAAUGUUUCCCACCGGCGUCUAGUCAAUGACCCCACUCCACCCGCAAAAACACCAUUUCAAGUGACGUGCAAUAUAAGCCACAGACUUUACCGUCCAAGCACCCUCCCAUCAUGACGAGAGGAGACUAUAAGGAAGGAUUGAACUGCAAAAGCUCUAUCUGCCCUGUAACCCCACCCCCACCUCACCUACAACUGCCACUACUACCCUUCACCCCCACCCUCCCCCCCCCCCCCCCCCACACACACACACACCCCAAGAGUGUGUGAGCUCAGGAGAGUGGCGAGCUGGUGUUCAACCUUCUGUCCAAGAUACUAGGACGUACACGCAAAGCACUUCUUCAGCCAGCCUACUCUCCACACUUAUGCCAGUGACUAGUUUUUGGGGGGGAGGAUAGUUUGUGUGUGUUUGUUUCUGUGUAUGCGUGUGUGCUUGGGGAGAAGGCAUCAAACCAAAGUGAGAGAAGCCUAUUUUCCUUUUUACCCAGAUGACCCUUUUUUUGCCCAUAUUUGCGUAUGUAGAAAAGUAUGAAGCAUUUGCAACAUUUGUGAAUAGGUGGUCUAUCAUAGCACUUAGCAAGAGCGUCGCAGCUCGUUAUACCCUUAAUGCCAACAACUAGAAGAAAGGAGAAGCAACACUGGCAAAUAAAAAAAAUUUAAAAAAAAAGACAAAAAAGCAAUCUGCUUAGUGGCUUCUCUAUACAUUUAUUUUUUAACUUAACAUGGAUGUGAAGAUGCUUUUUUUGUUGUUUUCUUUUUGUUUUUUUUUCAAUCUUCCUUCCCUCAAGUCGGUGAGACCAGGAAGGAUGUCAAACAUGGUAGCAAAGUGAAGGGAAAUACAAAGAAAGAACUAACUCAACUGAUGAUGGGUGCAGGAGGGAAAUACCCCAAAGCACUCAUCUUUAUCAAAGUAAAUAUCACUGUUACAUUACAUACUUCGAAAUCUUUAGCCUUGGUGUCUGGAAACGCUCGACAUGUUUAUGUUCUACUGGGUCCAGCAGGGAGGAUCGCCAUCUUUCUUGUCCUUAUUUUUUUAUUUUUUUUCUUCUUGGCCCUGCCAACCUGUGUGAUAGUGUGGCCACUGAGUGCCUGCCUGCUGCAGAGUGCAGUGCUCUGCAGCAGCCCUCACCCCACCCUCCCGCUCGCUCGCUGCCUCCCUGCGGAUCCCUACAGACUGGCAUCCCUCUUCCUCCUCCUUCCCCUCCCCCGGCCUCCAGGCCAAGAGCAGCUCUUUCAGAACUGGCCCACCUGUAUUAAAUUUACUACUACUGCUGCGCCAGAGUCUGUCCUCAGCAACCUCCGACUCCACACUCUCUCUGUCUCUCUCCUGCAAAGAUCACUUUAGCCAGAGAUGGAGGCAUGUGAUGUGUUUUUUUGUUUUCUUUGUUUUUUUCUUUGUUUCACUUAUGGAAUUGCCAGUGUGCAUUUUUGUUGUAUUGUUGUCAUAAAGUUUGCUGAUAUUGUUGCUGUUAUCAUUGAUGAUAUAGAUAAUGAUUGUUUCCUGAUGGUGAUUUCACAGCUUUUUUAAAUAUUGGUCUUUAUGCAGUGUUCAGCUUCUCUCCUGCCCCUCCCACUGCCUCCGAGGCAGAAGCAGCGUGUAGUUUAGAGGUACGCCUCAGCCGUGCAGCAAAGGCCAUAUGAAACACUGCAGAUGUCAGUAGAAAAGGCUGGUGGGGGAUAUCUUUACGUGGGGUUGUUGGAAAGAGUCAAGUCAAGUGGGUAAAGGUAGUGUAGUCAAAGGUUCUCCAGGAUAGUGAGCCAACUGACUCUGUUCAUCCUGGAGUGCCCAACCUCUGCUCUAUGUCGUCUCAUAACGCACACACACGCUUUAGUGUUGAUGGGCUUCACUCACGCUGGUGCUUUAUGUUUAACUCUGGGAGCACUCAGUUACACUUAGAACCACCUCAACUGAUGACAGCCUUCCAUUUCUAUGCAAAGACAAGGAGGUGUUUGUUCACAGCCACCCCCCCCCCUCCCCCUACAUCUGCCAAUCUUCACUUAUCGCUCAACCUUUACUACCCGGCAGCUUCCCUUGAAAACCUCCCCAGUUAAAAUAUAAGUGGCACCGAAAGAGCCUCUCUUCAAGGGUUAAGUCUCCCACUGUGUGGACAGAGCUACUAGAUAACACUAAAUGACCUGCUGGAGGCACUAGUGGUUGGCCGUCUCUUCUUCAGUCUUGUGCCAACUGAUCUAAUAUUAUCUACUUCCACCUUGUCAUAUCCUAAUUCAUCUUUAAUGUGAUGAGACUUAAGUUUCUUAUAUUGCUGCAGGGGCGUACACCACAAGCUCCAGCUGUAGGAGGCUUGAGGAGUAGAAGGGCAGGACGGACGAAUUGUGCUGUUUAUGGGGGGUUUUUUUACCAACAAGGGACUGGAAAUUUAGUAGAGAACCAGGCUGCAGGAGAGGGGUGUGUGUGUGUGUGGGGGGGGGACGUUGUUGGUCCCAUGUGUCUGUGCACUGUUUAUGGGUCACAUCGGGUACAUCUCUUUAAAAACCAAAAACAUCUUUUUCUUUAUCAUCAAGGUUUUUCGCAAAAACUAGAAACUACAAAAAAAAAAUGUCAGUUUCAGCUGUGCACUCCAAGGCUGAGAUACCUGUGUUCUGUUUCUCUGCAAGCUGCCGCCUUCUCACCCCGUCUGGGCUCAUUCUCUGGGCCACAUGUGGGGAAGCUGUAUCCAGGUGGUUCAUUUUGGACCUCCAACCUGAAGGUCGACAGGUCAUUUCUGCACAUCUGGCUUUGGGGGCAGGGUCCAAGCAGGGACCCUGUGUAUCAGCAGAAAUAGGGACACACCUCAAGUUUGGUACCAAGUCUUAAAACUUUCGGGAUUUGCCCUCUUCCAGAGUCGCUUUAGACUCACGUCAUUCAACAAAACAAUCACUAUUGCCUGUGUUGUCUGUCUGUGUGUUUGUUUGUUCCUGAAAAUCUGUAUUUACUCCACACUGGACUUGAAUCAAAGAACUGGCGUUGAAGCGGAGAGUCGAACAGGGUGGGCGGAUGGGUGACUGGGACGGAGGUCGAGUCUCAGAUGUGCCCCGGAUUUUUUGGCGCAGCACCAGCACUGAGAGCCCCGGCCCCUCCCACACCCCUCCACUGCACUCUUAUCUACCUGUCUAGUGUUGGAAAUCAGAUGCUCUCCUAUUUUUUAAAGUCACAGGGACUCAAAGGCAACUGGAUCUUGAGCAAAAAAAUGCUUCUCAAUCAUGGAUCAGACAAGGGUGUGGGGCAGGGGCCCCAAAAAGAGUUGAAUUAGCAAAUCUCUCUUUAAAAAAACAACAACAAAGGCCUGGGUUGAAUAUGCACAUGCUAGUCCAUAUACAUAAUACAACCAAGAGUACAUAAUGGAUGUAUGUGUGUAAAUGGCUAGAGCUCUCUGUUUUCCACUUAGCCUAAGCCCCCUCCCCUGCCCUGGCUUCAGCCCUUACCCUGUGUAUCCUCCUCAACAUUAUAUUUCCCAGAAGACAAGAUCAUAAACAUAUCAGAGUAAUACAAAAUAAUGAAAACAAAUACUUGAAUCAAAAGAAGCGCCAAUAAUGUAAUGUGAACACUUUUUUGUAGUGGUUUUUUGUCUCAUUCACUUCAGAGAUUUUUGAUAGCAUCGGUUCAGAGUGAAUUAAAUUUGAAAUACGAGUGUUGUUGAAAACAGAGCGAUAUAAAGGCAAAUUUACAUCUGUUGUAUUUGAGUGUUUGCACAAGGCUGCUUGUACUGUAUGUUGUUUGAAUGAAUAGUGUGUGAGGUGAAGAUACGUGUGAGAGCUCGUGAUUACAGCGGAGGAAUUUCCGCCUUGUGAUUCUUUUCAAGUCAGUAUACUUUUGUUGUUGAUUUGUUUUUUUUUUUUUGUUUUUUCUUUUUGCUUGUCAAAAAUAUAUUCUGAUGUUAAUGGUUACUAGCCUCUAGCGUUGCACUGAGUGUCGGCCUCACCCCUCAUCCAGCUAAACGAACAACAUGAUACAAGUACUGAGGGGAGACGGGGACAGUUCAUGUGUAAAUGUUUACUCAAGGACUAAAAUAAGUGUGUUUUUAAAAUGUAAUGUUUAUCUACCUUAGUGGCUUUCAUUGUGGAAUAAUCCAAGAAAGUAUGGAUCAUAAUUGAGUAUUGCACCAUUUUUCAGACUGUAAACCUAAAAAAACAAACAAACAAGAAAACAGAAAAAAAAAUCACAUAUGUAUAAAAAUGCAGCAAAAAAAAAGUAUUUUGCAGACCUGUGGCCAUAGAUUGGGGUAGAAGGACUUCAGCUCUCCCAAAUCUGAGCAACGGAGAGAGUGAAGGACAAGACAUCAGACUGAGCCUUGGCUUCUAGGGCUCACUUCAGAGGUGCCUACCUUUUUGGUUUGUUAGCUUUUGUUCUGUUUUUCACUUAUGUUCAAAUCACUCAUGUUGUCAUUUGUUUUCCUGCAAGGCCACUGACAGUUUACAAACACUUAGUUUUUUUCUGGAGUUCAGAAAAAAAAAAUCAGCAACACAAAAGAAUUGAACCAUGGGAAUGUUGGAAAAA